AUGCAGAAGUGGCCACAAAAGAGUCCUUUGAGCGAGGAAAGCCCAUGGUGUCCCCGGUCAAUCAAUUCUUCCCAUCCCUGUCCCGCGUCAGCGCGCGUGCACCAAAGUCUGGCAGGAAUCACUUUCUCGGCUGUGCUGUUCACAAUGACAGGGAAACGACAUAGAUCUUCGGCAGGGAAGGAUAAAGAGAGUGUGAACAUGUGGUCUGGAAAGAAAAAGAAAAUUACCGCUCUCAGAGCGCAGUCAAAAUCUCCAUUCUCAUCGCAAAAUGGAAACCUUCGUCAAAAUGUCAGACGACACAAAUCAUUCUCUCCAACUCCAGAAUUGUGUACGAUGCUGCAUGCAGUUGGAAUAAGGUCGACAGCGAAGAGAAAUUUAACAAGCGAACUGUCGCCAUCUAAAACUACCUCUUCUCGGAACUGCAAGAAGUCAUUAAAAAAUGCUGAAAAAUCUAGCAAAGUAAAAGUAGAACUUCCUAUGAUUCCUUGGAGUGAGGAGCAGCCAACUGGUGCACCGAAGGUGAAAGACAACGAUGAUGAGAUUGUAUAUAACAGCCAAGAGAUGGUUACUUCGGGUCGUGACAAGGAAGAAAAGAACGAAGAGCUAGUAAUGAAAGCUAAAGAUAUUUUCCUCCUUUACGAGAGUUUGAGCGGCGAAAGAUAUAAGCACCCGGAGAAGACAGAGGAUGCACUGAGAAAUGAGUAUCGAGAACUGUUCUGCAUUGCAACAAUGUGCGAGAAGUUGAGUGAACUAAUGUCUUCAAGGUUAGAAGCAGCACGACAACUUCGGGACCAGCGUAUAGAGUCCAUGAGCCAACUAAAAGCGUUGUCUUUGCGUCUUGAAGAUUUCAUAAUGGCAAAUCUACCUACUGAAAAGUAUCUCUCUUUCGACGAUACAGCGCAACGCGACGCCCUGGAAAUCAUGAAUAUACGUUAUGAGGAGCUUUCUGACGAUAUUUUUACUGCAGAUGACGAGUUUUCGUCAAUAUUUGGGAAUGACGAUGACGGCACGAAAGAGAAAGAACAAACGCUCAGCUUGCCUGAAAAUUCUUCACUUAAUUAUGACUCUGUGGCUAAUUAUGCUGAUCUUUGCUUACAGAGCAAACUAACGGAAGUGGGCUUAAUUUAUGUAAAUGCAAUUUAUUUAAUGAUCAAGCAUUCAAAUGCGGAAAUUGCGAAGUGCCGUGGUUCAAUUGGUGAGCUUAACAGGCAGAUAGCUGUUUAUAGUUCGGAGGUCAACAGUGUCCGGGAAGAACUCGGCGAUUUAGCCUCUAUUAUUGACAGAGUUAUAGGUGUGACCCAUGUAGAAUGUUCAAAAACUUCUAUGUUCAAAUCCAGAUCCACUUGA